AGUUUUGCAGAUUUUUUUUGCGCGUAGAAAAAUAACGAAAUGCCACAAAGGAAGCAACCGAUGGCUUUAGAAGACAUGGCGAGAUCACGCAUAGCUUUUUGGCUUAGCUCAAGGAAGGACCCAGAAACUACAGUUGUGUCCCGGAGUAUGGAGGAUAGAGCGAUGGUCCCGUAUGCUUUAGAGCGGAAACUCGUCAAGUCGUUAAUCGAAAAUUUUUUAUGUGUAAAAACUCGUGCAACCUGGAAUGAUGCAUGCGGCGGCAGGUUGAAGGAGAUGAUCGCGUAUUUGUUGCGUCUCGAUGCUUUGGAGUUGGAUUUUGAGUUUGCCCGGUUGAUAGGAAGACUGAAAAAUCUGACCGUACUAAGUUACGAGUAUGGCUUCCGUGCUGUUGCGGAGUUUCUGAAGCUGCAAGAAACGGUCGUUGAAGCGGGAAGUUACGAAGAUGAUGGCGCGAAUGUCAUACCGCCGACGUUGAAUUUGACUUAUUUGAUGGAGAAGGCAAACUAUUGCUACGACAGGGAUUCAUUUCGCAAUAAUGUCAACAUGGCGAAAAUUGCGAGAGCUUGUCCCCGACUCACUCAUUUCAGAAUUUUGUAUAUGGAAGAGAAAGAAAAUAUUAUUUUUUCGGACAUCGAGCUGUUCAAGAAACUCAGUUCGAUCAGCAUAAACGCAAUAACGCGAGGAGGUGGUGGCUCGUGUUUUCAAGCUUACAUCUCAUCGUUCGGCGACAGUUUGAGAGAGCUGAACUUGUCGUGCAAAGAUUUUCCUGUUGAUGCGGUGUUGAGCUUGGGGACAUAUUGUCAAAAUCUGGAAAAACUCAGGAUUAUUCGGCAGCUUCCUUCUGGAUGUGAGGUUCGGGGAUACCCGAAAAUCAGCACUGGAUUCAGGAGUCUGAGGUUCCUGAUGCUUGGGAUCCGGUUUAGCGGUGGAGAGAUUCCUGAAGGAGAAGUCUCGUAUUUAUUGAGGAGCGCCGUCAAGUUAGAAGAGCUGCAUUUAAGUGGAGGGCUGAGCUUCAUGACUGACGCAUACUGGAACGAAUUCCUGAGGAGCGUGAAUCCCUUGGUUCGGUUGAGGGUUUUGAAUUUCGAUUCGUACUUGAUUCAGCAAUCGAUUCGUUUAGGAAUUAGCACAGCUCGGCUGUUCAUUGAUUCAUGCCCGCUUCUGAGCGAAAUGUACUUGGGGUCGUGGACGAAUAUCUCGGCUUGCGAGAUAAAACGUCUCAAGGAUGAGGUGGCUGCGAAUAAUUAUGAGCUUCUCGUAACAUCAUGGCACAAUGAGGAGAUUUUUCGUGAAAAGUUAUAUGAAAGUUGAAUUUUCAAGACUCAUGGGGAUGAUGAAGGGCUUGCUUCAUUGCUGGCGCUAGAAGUUUUUCGUCCUGACUGUUUUUAAAAUUAUGAAUCCUGAUUAGUCUCAAUGAGACAUCUUUUAAAUUCGUUUCUUUUCGAUUCUUCUGUUGAUUAAAAUGUUCACGUGAUGCGAAACUUGGUCUCCAUAUUUCUAUUGAAGUAUUUUCCAUUGCGAAACCACGGAUUUUCGGACAGAUUUUUAGAGCUGCAGAUUUUUGGCUUUAAAAAUUCAGCAAUUCGAGACGGAAAAUGCACCGAUUUCGAGGAUUUUACACCCGCGGAUGUCGCUGUCAACAGCGAGUUAACCGCCGACGACUGCGACGAGGGAAGCACUGUGUGUCUACGACUGGAUGAUGCCGCUGCUGCUGGCCUCAUCCAAAGACAAUAAACUACAUUUCAUUGAAAAUAUCUGGCACAGUACUGAUUUUGGGAUUGCUGAAAAAUACAUGUUGUAUAGUAUCACAUUAGUUUCCCUCCUCUCACUCUGUUUCGGAUGACAAAAUUGAGAUCGUGAAAAUCAUUUUCACCACCAUUCAUGGUUCGUGCUGCGGAAUGUCGGAAAAAGAACCCGUCUGAAUGUACCGGGGAUACAAGUGUGACUCCUACACCGGCAGCUAACAGACCCCGUCGCUCACGCCCGAAAUCCAGCAAUCCAACCAGCCGCCAAUGGUUCCGGUGUUUCUGCCCAACAAACAGCCUAUAAGAAAAUAAACAAAUCGAAAUCCACGUACAGUAUGCUGGAAUUUAUCGGCGAGGAGAAAAUGACUGCUUUUCAGCCAUGUUAUUCUGAGUUUAAGCUUCCAAGAUUUGUUUCUCUGCGAGACGAACAGCGCGUGGAAGGAAUAUUAAAAGCACAUUUUUCCGAUUUUCA